UAUAUCAAGAUUAAAAGAAAUUAAAAAAAAAAUCCAUUAUCUUUCUAAUCUCCUUUUUCGAAUUUAUCGAUUUCAAGAUCAAUCGUCGCUUUAUUAUCAUCCGCUUUCGCGAAUGUUAAUUUCAUCCAAUUGUGCCAGAUGUCGUCCGGUAUGCGUUUCGUCGUUUCACGGCGAACUUCACGUAUUAGAGAAAAGGCGCGUCGCCAUAGCAGUAAUGGCGCGAGAGUACGUUGACCCGCUUGUCCGCGCGUUACAUACCGUCCUGGCUCCUAGUCGCGGUUGCGUCGUAGUACGUCAAGGCAAGAGAGACACACAUUCGCUUUAUCGCUCGUAUAUACAAAGCGUACCGGGAAACAGGAGGGAGAUCGUAGACGGGGCGGCGAGCCACUGCGCAGACGCUUGGGGUGGUGGGUGGAGGAGAGUGGGAGUCGCGCGGCCGCACGUUCACGAGGUAUGGCGUGGUGCGCGUUCUAGUAAACAAGUUGUGUGUGUCGAGUCGCGCGGGGAAUCUCGCGCUCCCCGAACGAGCAAUAGCGAUUACCGUACGUAUUUGUUCGACGAGACGCGACCGUUUCGUCGUGCGUCACGACGCGUCGCGUCGUCAUCGUCGUCGUUGUUAUUGUCGUCAUUGUCGUCGUCGUCGUCGUCGUCGCUGUGUAAAAAAAUCUCGUAUCAUGGUGAGAGAAACGAUAGAGGAUAAAUAAAUGAUAACUUCAACUCAGAUACAUACGAGCCGAGUGACUCUCGACACCAUUGCCGCGGACCGUCUCGGUGUGCUUACGUGGGUGUAUGUGUGUUGUUUCUCUCGUCUCUCGUUUGCGGAGAAAAGUGUUUACAGUGCUUGCCAUACCGGAUCUCUCUUUCUCUCAACCGAGGCUCAACGAGACGACUUUCGGAUCCGUGGCGAGACGAGGGAGUCGUCGGCGCGACGAAGGUGAUGACUCCGAGACACGUUCAACGGAGUUCCCCACUGAACGCCGCGUUUCAGGACGAUAGACUGCCUAGAUAUCGCCGAGGAAGCAAGAUUAUCAAUCGCAUUAUCGGGACUGCGCACUGAUUGCGGUGCCACAGGGUCAGUUUACUAAUCUCGAGUCGGCGCGCACGGCGGCGUGUAACUACUCUCAAUGGAAUUGUUUAGUGCGGUGACCUGCCGGCGGUGCCGAUCUUUCAGCACGGUCGGCUGAUAACACGCGCGCGCGCGCGCGCGCGUGCGAGCGCGGCUGUGCGUCUUUCUCUGUCCGUCUUCGCGACACGCCCACGAAUCUCUCCCGUGCGCGGUUACGAGGGGGUCAACGAAGCUCGACGCCGAUAAAUACGCCUCGGACAACGUCGAGAAAAGAUGAGGGACGUCUUGGAGCGGCCGUCGUCGAGUCUAUCGCCGCAUUAACACUCGAGCCCUUCGUUCGUAUCAUACAUACCGUUUGAACAGACGGAACGGAGCCAAAGAGAGGCUUUUGUUUGCUAGCGCGAAAAUCCCGUCGCCGCGUCGACGGUGAAGAGAGAUGCGGGCGAAACACCGCGACGCUUUUUUCCCUGCAUUCUGAGAAUUCGCGAGAAGAGAGCGCGUAAUACUUGACUUUACUUCUCUGACGAGAGAAAUAUUUCGCGUUCUUCCGGGAAUAUGAAGUCCCCGGCCUCCGCGUGUCGCAGAAUUCGCGACGCGACAUUCGACGAGGACGAGCCGUACAUCUCGGCGUUAUUAUCUUCUUCGGAGGCACGUCUCGUCACCCCCCGUCGCCACUGCCAUUGCCCGUUGUCGUCGUCGAAUUACGUUUCGUUCGAGGAUGCGUCACCCCAGCCGUCGGGGUCGACGUCGACGACGGCGUGCGAUCUCUGCGAGCGUCUUCGCGGUCGAACGGACGGAUGCUCCGAUACGGUGGACGCGAUACGGACAAAAGAGCACUUCGGCCAGCGCGAUCGGCGGCCGAUGAGGCGAAAACGCGACGAGAGUGCGAACUUGAGAGCGAAAAUUGUGGAAGAGCGCGACAGAACAUUGAGGUGCGAUAGACUCCCGCUCUGUGAAUCAUCCGCGAAAUGUGCUUCGAGCGUCGUGCGAUGGAACCACCUGGCCGUCAGAUUCCACGACAAGUCGACGGAGUGGCGGAGGCUCCUCUGGACCGUUUUUCUAGUUUUGCUUGCGUUAUCUCCCGAUCUCGCAGCGGCGCAAAAGCGCGACAACGCUUCCAACAAGACAGCCGGAGUGUGCCAAAGUAUAGACAUAAGAAAUAACGUGGAUCAAUUCUCAAAACUGGAUGGGUGCCGGGUGGUCGAGGGCUUCGUACAAAUUCUCUUGAUCGACCGGGCGGAACAUUCGGCCUAUACCAACCUCAGCUUCCCCGAUCUCGUCGAGAUCACAGGAUACCUUAUUUUAUACAGAGUAAGCGGAUUAAGGAGCAUUGGUAGUCUGUUUCCCAACUUGACGGUCAUUCGCGGGCAUUCUCUUUUCAUUAACUACGCCCUCGUGGCAUUCGAGAUGAUGCAUCUUCAGGAAAUCGGUCUUCAUUCUCUGACCAACAUCCUACGCGGAUCCGUGCGAUUUGAGAAGAAUCCGACGCUCUGCUACGUCGAUACCAUCGACUGGGACAUCAUCGCCAAAGCUGGCAAAGGGGAGCACGUUAUAUCGGGCAACAAAAUAACGAACGGUUGUCCAGUAUGCGACAAAAGUUGCCCACCAAGGCAGACGAAACCCGACGAGACCCUGUGCUGGAAUCGACAACACUGCCAAAGAGUAUGCAACGCAACAUGCGGGGACAACGCUUGCAAUGUCGGCACGGGAGAGUGCUGUCAUUCGUCGUGUCUGGGUGGAUGCACGGGACCGACGAUCAACAAUUGUACCAUCUGCAGGAAUGUGAUGAUCGCCGGCAAGGGGUGCCAGAACCGUUGUCCGAGCGGCAGUUAUGAGUUCAUGAAUCGACGUUGCGUCAGCGAGAAGGAGUGCCGGCUAAUGCUGAAGCCGCGCGAAUCGUUGGACACCGUCAAGUUGUAUCCGUACAAGCCGUUCAACGGCACCUGCGUGAUGGAGUGCCCGGCCGGCUACAUGGAAUACGAAAACGAGGAAAACGCUAAGAAUCUGUCAUGCCGAAAGUGCAAAGGUCCGUGUUUGAAGGAGUGUUCCGGCGCGAACGUGGACAGCAUCGCGUCGGCGCAAAAGUUGCGCGGGUGCACGCAUAUCGCGGGUAGCCUCGAGAUACAGAUACGCGGCGGCAAGAACAUUGUAAAGGAGCUCGAGGACAAUCUGAGCACGAUCGAGGAGAUAGACGGCUAUCUGAAGGUCAUUCGUAGCUUCCCGCUGAUAUCUCUCAAUUUUUUGAAGAAUCUGCGCGUGAUACACGGCAAUACGCUCGAGAACAACAAGUACAGCCUCGCGGUGCUCGACAAUCAGAAUCUUCAAGAGCUCUGGGACUGGAGCACGCAUCCGAACAUCACCAUCAAGUCGUCGCAAGGCUCUCCUAAGGUCUUUUUUCAUUUCAAUCCGAAAUUGUGCAUGUACAAAAUCGACAUGCUGCGAGAUAAGGCGAAAUUGGACAAUUUCACCGAGCACGAUGUGGCGAUCAACAGCAAUGGAGACAAGGUCGCGUGCAAUGUCACCGAAUUGAAGACCAAGGUCACGAAGAAGACAUCUAGGGGUGCCAUUAUCGAGUGGGAACCCUUUUUACAUCAUGACUACCGGUCCCUCUUGGGUUACGUUGUUUAUUUCAUCGAAGCGCCAUAUCAAAAUGUGACGAUGUACGACGGUCGUGAUGCUUGCGGUGGCGACGGUUGGCGGGUGGAGGACGUCUCCGCCGAGAGCGCAACGUCACAGUCCCAUAACGGCACGCAGCAAUCGUAUUUAGCUCACAUACUCACUCUAUUGAAACCGUAUACUCAAUACGCUUACUACGUAAAGACUUACACCAUAGCCACCGAGGAAUCGGGCGCGCAGAGCAAGGUCAUGUACUUUACGACACUGCCGGACGCGCCUAGCUCACCUAGGGCUUUGUCGAUCUGGAGUAAUUCAAGCAGCGAACUGGUUAUGUCUUGGUUUCCGCCGCUUCAUAAAAACGGGAAUCUAACGCAUUAUCGGAUCGUUGGCCGUUGGGAGCCCGAUGACCCGAAUUUCAUCGAUCAGAGAAACUACUGCGACGAACCCAUGUCGUUGCCCGAGAAAAAACCGAUGUCUGUCAUAGCGGAGGAAGAAAGAAAACGUGCCGAGGAAGAGAAGGAAUUGGUGAAAUCACCCGAGACUACUUCGUGCGGUUGUGCAGAUCGAGAAACGACGGAUCAGUCGAUGCGUGAAAAGGAAGUUUCCAGUUCGAUUGCCUUCGAGAACGCAUUGCACAAUCAGGUUUAUGUAAAACGGAUAAACGCGCGUAGAAGACGCGACGUCAAGAGCGAAAUGUCGAUCGCAGAAUUAGCCAAAAAUUCUAGUCACGAUCAACAGAAAUAUCAGUAGAAAGGUACUAAUGAUAAAAUGGAAAAUGGCACGUACAUAAUAUUCGAGCGAUUGAUAUCGAGUACAAAUCUUAGUGUCGUGAUGAAAAACCUGCGGCACUUCGCCGCAUACAACAUCGAGGUUCAAGCUUGCAGAGAACGAGUUGAAAACGAGGAUAUAUUGAAGAGAAACAAUUGCUCAACGAAGAGCAUGAAAACUUAUCGUACAUUAGCUAUGGAGAGCGCGGAUAAUAUUCCACCAAACACUUUCAAGCUGAGUAUUUCUGGCGGAAAUAACAGUCUCACUAUGGUUACGUUAUAUUGGGAUGAACCGUCUCAACCUAAUGGUCUAAUCGUCACGUACCAGAUAGAAUACAAAAGAGUAGAUAUAAAAAAUAUAAAAACAACGGUGGUGUGCAUCACAAGACGCGAUUUCACCAACGCAGGUAAUUCGUAUAUUUUGAAAGACCUUCCUGCUGGGAAUUACUCCGUGAAAGUUCGAGCUACGAGUUUAGCUGGAUAUGGCGCGUACACCGAAGUGAAAUAUUUUUAUAUAGAAGAAUACGGCGUGCUGAAUACAUUCUGGAUUUUCUUCUCAUUAAUAUUGGCCCUUAUUGUGCUACCGAGUUCUCUGGUCAUAUUUUACAUAUUUAAAAGAAGAUCGUUGCAGAAUAUGCAGAGUAUGAAAAUUAUUGCGACGGUGAAUCCAGAAUACGUGAGCACAGGUUACGUGCCGGACGAGUGGGAAAUGCCCCGAAAGAAAAUACAUUUAAUACGUGAACUAGGAAAUGGUUCUUUUGGCAUGGUAUAUGAGGGAUUGGCCAAAGAUGUCGUCAAAGAUGAACCGGAAGCACGAUGCGCUGUGAAAACUGUAAACGAAAACGCAACCGACCGUGAACGGAUAGAGUUUCUUAACGAAGCUUCCGUCAUGAAGGCUUUCAACACCCAUCAUGUGGUCAAAUUGCUGGGUGUAGUGUCGCAAGGCCAACCUCCAUUGGUAGUUAUGGAACUGAUGGUGAAUGGUGAUCUAAAGACGUAUUUGAGGAGUCACCGACCGGAUGUUUGCGAAAACUCUAAACAACCACCGACAUUGAGAGAUAUCUUGCAAAUGGCAGUCGAAAUUGCAGACGGCAUGUCUUAUCUCGCAGCGAAGAAAUUUGUUCAUAGAGAUCUGGCUGCUCGUAAUUGCAUGGUAGCCGAAGAUCUUACCGUGAAGAUCGGUGACUUUGGCAUGACGAGAGAUAUAUAUGAAACUGAUUACUAUAGAAAAGGAUCCAAGGGGCUUUUGCCUGUUAGAUGGAUGGCGCCAGAAAGUUUAAAAGACGGCGUAUUCACCAGUUUCUCUGACGUUUGGAGCUACGGAGUUGUUCUAUGGGAAAUGGUGACAUUAGCUUCGCAACCGUAUCAAGGCUUGUCAAAUGAUCAGGUACUGCGUUAUGUAAUUGAAGGAGGGGUCAUGGAACGACCAGAAAAUUGUCCCGAUUCAUUAUACAGUUUGAUGAGGCGUACCUGGAAUCAUAGAGCCACAAGAAGACCUACCUUUAUAGACAUUGAGACGCUGUUAUUGCAAGAAGUUCAUAUAGAAGACUUUGAGAAUGUUAGCUUUUACCACAGCCCAGAGGGGAUCGAAGCUCGAAAUCAAAAUAUUUCACAUUCACCGCAAAAUGACCAAGAUUUAGAAAUGGUUGCUCUACAAAACUUGCGGGAUGAAGAAAUUGAGAGAGGAGAAGAUUCGCCAUUGCGUCAAGAUUUUGGUGACUUUGCAAGUUUUGAACCUUGCAGUAUUAAAAAUAACUUGAGUCCUCGAUAUGGAACCGAUUCUUACGGUGAGACAUCCACUUCCAAUUUCCAUGACAUGAAUUCUUCAAAAGUACCUAAAGCUGGGUUCGACGAAUUUGUUGGCGUUUCUGGAGAUUCGCUCGUAUCUAGUAAGGACACGUUGAAUUCGCCUUUUGUGGAAGGCAGCCUUAAAUCAGUCAGAAGCUCGCCUUUUAUAUAUAAGAAAAGUACAUCCCGCAGUAACGUAAGUCAAGGUUCCCUAGCAAAGUCUGGGAGUCCGCAAAGUUUAGUCAAGCGAAGUUUUCUCGAUAGUCCAAAUCUAACUAUAUCUCGGGGCGAUCCUGAUUAUGAAAAUCGGAGUCCCGAAACCAUGUCAACUUUCGAAAAAAGGGAGAUUACUCCAUCGCAUAUAGAAUUUCCAUCUGUGGAUGUUAUGAACAUUCAGAUUAACGGUGAUAAGAAAGAGAGCAAAUGCACGAGCGAUUACGCGAACAAAUCGGGAACAUUGAAUAAUGGUUACAUUGGUAACACGGCUACGUAGCUUCAAUGAUAUCCCUCGACGUUAUCAGCAUCCGACGCUAAAAUUACAUAUGACAAAUAUGCGCAAUUAUAUCCUUGGUGAGAAUCGAUAUAAGUAUUUCAACAAAAAGGCAGUGUCUGUGCCAAAUUUAUGAGCGUAGUUUUGAAAGAAUCGCAUUGAG